UUCAUUCACAGUACAAUAAUGAAGCUCCUACUGACUGUGAUUUUUGUGACAAUUUCACUCCUGGCCAUCGCAGAAGCAAAUAGUGGUGGGCCAAAUCAUGAACCAGCUCAUGCACAGGGACACAAGCAACAUGAUAAACAUGGCAAAAAACAUACAACCACAAUACUCGUGAUUGAUAGAGGUCAUUCAAAGUCAUCAAGCUCUUCGAGUUCGUCCAGCUCUUCGAGUUCGUCCAGCUCUUCCAGCUCUUCGAGUUCUUCCAGCUCUUCGAGUUCGUCAGACAAAAAACAUAAGGUAAAAGCAAGUACCAAGGUGAAAGAGACUGAUGUAAAGAAGAAAGAAGAGGUCAAAGUUAGCGCAAAACCUAAUGUAACGGAAAAGAAGAAGGAAGUUGAGAAAAAAGACAAAAAGGAAGUCGUUCACGAUACUGCAAAGGCAACUACUACGGUACAGAAGGAAAGUGCAAAAGUAGAAGAAGUUAAGAAAAAAGACAAAAAGGAAGACGCUCAUGCACAUGCAUCUGUGAAGAUUGUUGGAAAUGAACAGAAAGUGGAGAAGACGGAAGUGGGGAAAACAGAGGAAAAGACAGAAGUAAAUGACAGUGCACACGCAUCUGAAAAGGAUGUAGUUAAAGUUGACAAACAUGUGAAGAAGGAGAAGGAAGUUGAGAAAAAAGUUCACAAAGACACUCAUGCAAAUACUCCUACAAAGAUUAUUCUAAUAGAUGCACAUCAUAGCAAAAAGGACAAGAAAACGAAAGAAGUUGAGAAAAAGGACAAACACGUUCAUGAAAAUGUAUCUAAAAAAGUGAUUGUAAUAAAGACGGGAAAAGACAAUGAUCAUAAGAACAAAAAUAAAGUUGACAACAAACACAAACAUGAAGACACCCAUGCAAAGGUUAUUAUACAUGUGGGAAAAGACACGAAGAAAGAUUCAAGUUCGUCGAGCUCUUCCAGCUGUUCCAGUUCGUCAGACGAUAAACAUAAGGAUGAGCAUGUGACAAAAUCAAUAAUCAUCAAUCAAUCAUUCGACACCCCAGGUUCAACAUCAUAUUGCCGCCGUAAUCGCUACAGCUAUGAACCUUAUUGUGAGGAUGACAAAGUUCAUUGUAAUUGCCAAUGCAAAUGUCCGUACGAUCCAAGCUUGCCGGAUUGUGAAGACCUGUAUGGAGACAAAUAUCCGGGAUUAUCAUCCCCGUUUGAACACUCCUGGCCGUCGAUGUACUAAGCAUUUUGGCUGGCACACAAAACCCUGGAAAUAGCUUUUAUUUUUAUAUAUUUUUCUUAUAUAUUUUUUUACUAACACACUGUCGCAUAUUCUAUAAUUUAAGAUACAAACCAAAUAUAACGCUUAAAUGCGAGUAUAAUGGAA